CUCUCAUGCUGCGCAUAAACACCCCGCUUUUUGGUAGCGCUUCUCUCAAGGCUUCUUCUUAUACUCUCUAGAUCUUUCAGGAUGGCGAUCGUUGUUGAUCAGCGACCCUUUUUACAUACGAAUCCCGCGGUCUUCAAGGACACGUCCUGGUUCUUGGCAAAUAGCAGGCUGCCAACGCCCCGCGAGGUACGCGCUGCGACAACACUCCGGAGCGAAAACCCGUGUAUUGCAAGCACCGUCGCAUUCCCACGGCAGAAUCUUUUCGUCAAGUACGGCCCGCGGGUGAAGUCAUCGGAAGGUCAAUGCAUGCGUCUCGUCAAGUACUAUCUUGCAUCAAGUGUCCCAGUUCCUGAAGUUUAUGGAUGGGAUAAAGACGGUGAUGACGUAUUUUUAUAUAUGCAGUUGAUCAGCGGAGUCCCUCUCGACGAAUUAUGGUCGCAUAUCGGUCCCGAGCAGAAAGCGCUUUUGUGCGAGGAUAUCCGUCGCAUCGUGGAGAAUUUGGGCCACCUCAAACAAGAUCAUUCAGAGGUCGUUGGAUCUGUUACGAGAGAAAUGAUGACCGAUCAUCUCUUCCAAGACCUUUCGGACGGUCAGACUCCUGGCCCCUUCAAAACCGUGAAACAAUUCCACGAUUGGUUCAGCACUAUCGACCUACCCCCUGGCAUGGCACCAGAAUAUCGGCAUUGGCUGCCGGAUCAUGUCUCAAUACGCUUCACCCAUGCAGACAUACAUAGGGGAAACAUCAUGGUUUCUCCGGAUGUGAACGCCCCAAGAAUUCUAGCCCUCUUAGAUUGGGGGCAAUCUGGUUGGUAUCCGGAAUACUGGGAGUACUGCAAGGCUCGCCUCAUUGGUGAAUAUAGAAACGAGUGGAAGCUAUUUGCGGUGCCGCAUAUAUUUGGGGAGGCCCUGAAUCAGUGGUAUUGGCAAUGGCACUUUUUUCUUGAAAGAAUAGGCAGAUUUUGAGCAUAUGUAUUUGGUAUCAUUUACUGUUCUCCUCAGGGGUCAUUAAAGAAUAUUAUGCUGAGAAAUGAC